CCUUGUCCGGCCAGCGCAGAGCAGCGUGGUGGUCUGCAUCGGCAUCGGCGCAUCGUGAUCUGCGGCCAUGGACGGUGAGCCAGCCAUGGAGGAGCCCCCUCACCUGUUCCUGUGCCCCAUCUCCAUGGAGCUCAUGGACGACCCCGUCACCGUCUCCACCGGCGUCACCUACGACCGCCGCAGCAUCGAGCAGUGGAUCUUCGGGUACGGCAGGGCGACGUGCCCGGCCACCAUGCAGCCGCUCGCUAACCUUGACCUCACGCCCAACCACACCCUCAAGCGCGUCAUUGGCUCCUGGCUCGACCGCGGCUCGCCGUCGCCGUCGACGUCGGCUUCCUCGUCGCCGUCGACGUCGUCAUUGUCGAGCCCGGCGCACGAGCUGCUGGCCACGCCGCUGUCCCGGAUGCUGGGGGCGGAGCGGCUGCGGUCGGCGCUGGCCGAUCUCGAGGAGACGCCGUUCAAGGUCACCGCGCUCAAGAACAUCCGGGCGUGCAUGGCCGGCGACGUGGCCAUGCAGUGCGAGUUCGUGUCCUCGGGCGGGAUCCAGGCGGUCGCCCGGGUCAUGGCGCAGGCGCUCGCGGAGAGCGCCGCGGGCGGCGACUUCUCGGCGUUCACGGCGUGCGAGGAGGCCGCCGCGGUGCUCGCGCUGCUCCCGCUCGCGGACGCGGCGUCGGUGGGGCUCGUCCUCGCGCCGGAGUGCAUGAGGCCGGUGAUGGCGCUGCUCCAGCGCGGCGGCGCCGAGGCGAGGCUACACGCCAUGGACAUCGUGACCAAGAUCUCCAAUGCCGGCGCCGGGGACUGGACCGCCGCCGCCGGAGUCGAGGUUGACGACGUGCUCAAGCCCCUCCUGGAGCUCCUGGCCGACGAGGUCUCCACGAGGCUCAGCUCCCGAGCGCUCGACGUGCUCCUGGACGUCGUGGCGCGGUCCCGGGACGGGCCCGCCAAGGCCGUGGAGGUCGGCGCGGUGCACGUCCUCGUCGAGCUCCUCGCCGACGCCGACGACCGCCACGACGCCGAGCGGAUACUGCUGCUGCUCAAGCGCCUGUGCAAAUGCCCGGAGGGCCGCCUGGCCUUCGCGGAGCACGACCUGUCGGUGGCUGCCGUGGGUAAGACGAUGCUGCGGGUGUCGCAGCUGGCCACCCAGCUGGCCGUCAAGGUGCUGUGGCUUGUCUCCGUGGUGGCGCCCUCGGAAAAGGUCCUGGAGGACAUGGUGCUGACCGGUGCGGUGGCGAAGCUGCUGGGCCUGCUGCACGUCGAGACCCCGCCGGCGACGAAGCAGAAGACGGUGAGGAUGGUGAGGAUCAAUGGUGGGUUCUGGCGGCAGUACUCGUGCUUCCCUACCGAUCUCAGGGAUUACCUGCGGCUGCUCGACUGAUUUGUUCAUUGCUUGGUUCAUUGGUUUGGCCAAUUGUAUGUAAUUAAGCAGAAAACUUCGUCCCUGCAAUACAACUUCUCAAUGACUUUCA